AUGAGUCCGGUGGCUUCAACAAGGUGGUGUCCGACCACGGAGCAACUGAUGAUCCUGGAAGAAAUGUACCGGACCGGUAUACGGACUCCUAAUGCGGUGCAGAUACAACAGAUCACAGCUCACUUAGCUUUGUAUGGACGUAUUGAGGGCAAAAACGUGUUUUACUGGUUUCAGAACCAUAAGGCAAGAGAUAGACAGAAGCUGAGGAAGAAACUCGCUAAGCAACUUCACCAACAACAACUACAACAAAUUAAACUCAAACCAAUAUCGAUGGUAUCUGACAUCAUCGAUCAUCACAAUCCUUACUACCAUAAUCACCAUCGUCCGUAUGAUCAUAUGUCUUUCGCUUGCUGCUCUCAGCCUCCUCCCGUUUGUCUUUCUUAUCAGGGAAUUGGAGUAGAAGUUCAAAGCAAAGUGGUGAAUGAAUAUUAUUACAACAAAAGUGGACCUGAAGAUAUGUUGAUGCAAAAACCAAUCACGGGCCAAAACUCAUCGUACGAUCGAGAUUGGAUGAUGAUGAUGGAUAUGGGUCCACGACCAUCAUAUUCCUCAUCAUCACCAAUUCCAUGUUGCAACAUGAUGAUGAACAGUCCAAAGAUACCACCAAAAACCCUUGAACUCUUCCCAAUCUCAUCCAUCAACUCCAAACAAGACAGUUCCAAACUCUAA